CGUCUCUUCAGGGACCCCCCCUCCCUUUCCAAGGGUGGGAACAGCCCUCUCUGCCUCCCCCCCCCUCUCCGCCUGUGCGUGCAACAACGUCCCCAUUUCCCAGCAGAAAAGAGGAAGGGGCUUUGUAGUCCUUCCAAGCCACACCCUCCCCUUCCCCCCCCCCUCUCUGUCAGGGGGUCCCGCUGGAGGAGCAAACAAAAGCGGGGUCCCUCUUGGGCCUGUGGUAAGAGGCCUCCCACCACCACGCGCCCCCCUCCCCAAGAAGGAGGGGGGGGUUGCUGCUAGGCUGGGUGCAAAAAAAGGCUGUUUCUAGGCUCCCCCCCAGGAGGAGGAGGGGGGGGCUGCAGCCAAUGCACAGCCUGGGCUUUGCUGGGGCUCCUGAAAUUUAGAGAAGGGGGUGCUUUGGGCCUCUGAGUGGGGGGGGGAGUGGGAAUUCCCCCCCCCCCCCGGGGGGGCUUUGUGAGGUUGCCAAGUUGGGGAAGGUGUGAAAAAUGUGUUUUUUGAGUUGGCCUGGAAGGGAAGGAAAACCAGGCCCAUUUGGGAGAAAAAUGGGGGGGAAAAAACAACUUUUUAAAGUUUGAACCCAAACUUGAAAUGGGGCUCCUUAAAAGCCUAGCCGGACACCCUAUGACUGAUAAUUCGGCAUUCCUGGUUGGUUCAAAGUUGUCCGAAGGAAACAGGAACAAAUGUGGGAAGGGGAAAAAAAAAGGAAUAUUUUAUGCCCAAGAAAUAGAAUGUGGAUGUAAUGGAAGAUCUUUUCUGUUGGUGGCUGCAGGUCUUCCUUCUAAACCACUCUGGAGAAAUUCAAAUUCUGUUUCCCCUAUCUUUUAAAACUACUUUUCUGCCACCCAUUUAAUCAAGUUUUUUUUUUAAAUCAAAUUCUGCAGUUCACACCCCCCCCCCUUUGAUCAGAUUUUUUUUAUUUGGGUCACAGAAUGGCACAAUUUCCUUUAAACACUGGCUUUAUUUUUUACCAGCAGCACAAUUAUUGUGAAAAAUCAAUAUGAUGCAAGUGAAUAUUGAGCAUCUUGAAUGGCAGAUAAUUGAAAGGCUUUGGUUGAUUAAUCUUCCUGCUGUUAAAGUGAUCUUUUUAAACAAACUUGCACAUCAAGAAAAUGCAUGAUUUUGCACAGGCAUAUUGACUGAUAUUGACCACAAUGCAAAAAAAGUUUGUUUGCAUUAACAUUGCUUGAAAAUAGUGCUAUGACUAUUAUCUUUAUCAUUAGUCAUAUUUUAACAAAAGUCAGUUUCAACAAAAAGUUUUUAAAAAUCCCUUAAAAGUCUGAUUGUUAUAAAGUUUUUUCCAUGUUUAUCUUUACUAUCUAAUGAAUUCCUCACCCUCACCCACCCUUGUUCAAAACUACCCCAUUCUAGUUUUCCUAGUGGUAAAUGGUUGUAUAAUAAUUAAAUGACAAGACAGGUGUGUUUUAUAGAUGAUGAAUCUUAUGAACAUAGUUUUCUUUUAAAAAAAAGCUAAUAUACAUACACUCGGAAAUAGCUAAUUUGAUUAGAACUUCAGAUUAAAUACUGAAUUUAUUUCUGAGUGAAUGUGAGUUAAAAUUCCUUUUACUCUUUUUUAUUCGAAGGAGACUCCUUUUCCAGGAUUUUCCCAAAAGGGAACAACUUCAAACACAGAAGUGAUUAAAUAUGGACCAGUAUCAUCUGAGUGAUGACAGUUCACUCCAUUCUGAAAUUCAGCUCCCUGAAUUUCCUGGGAAUCAGGCUUUGGACUGUAGCGAUACAUUCAGCCAUGAUCUCUGUCCAGAUAUGAGAGACAUGAUUUAUGCUGGACUGAACAAUCUGGAUGUGGAUCCCAGCCUUUCGACUACAAAUAUAAACAGCGAUUCAUUGGAAGACAACUUGGACACCUUGUCUUUGUACUCUGUAAAAGACUGUGAUUCCGCUAAACUCCUUGAUGAUUGUGACACAGACUCACAACCGCUUUUGCAGGAACUGGGGCUUCCUUCGGCCCCUUCGGCCCCGAAAGAAGUGGAGCCAGGAGGCAGAUCCGGUUCCGGGAAGAAAGGAAGAGCCCAGCAAAACGCCCUUCAAGCCCCUUUCGUGGAUUGCAGCCUCUGCGGGAAAGUGUUCAGCAGCACCAGUUCCCUCAGCAAGCACUACGUGACUCACAGCCAGGAGCGGAAGCACAUCUGUAAGAUCUGCAGCAAAGCUUUCAAGCGACAGGACCACCUGAGUGGUCACAUGCUGACCCACCAAAAAACAAAGCCCUUCAUUUGCAUAGAAGAAGGUUGCAACAAGAGCUACUCGGACCACCGGUCGCUGCGCCGGCAUUACGAAAUGCACCAUGGCCUGCGGCUGUUGAAGGACGAGGAAGCCUGCGAGAGCACGCCGCCUCCGCACGAUUCCCACACCCAGGCGGGACAGGGCGGUUUGAGAGCGGCAGAAAGCUUGGCCGUCCACCCGGAAUCGCCAGCGGGGCCCAAUCAUUCCCUCUUGCCCAACCGAGACCUGCUGAGGUGUAUCGUUAGCAGCUUGGUCGGCCCGAAGCUGCCGUCCGCUCCGUCCUCAUCGGCAGGGCCGAGCGAAACCGACUCCAGGGGAGCCUUCCAGCCUUCCAGCUCUACAGUCUACGGUCAGAUUUCCUGUGCGCCCACCUGCAGCGCUACUGCGGUCAGGGAAACCCCCGGCGAGCAAGCCAUGAAGGACAUGUACCCUUGCCGAAAGACCUUGCCGUCUUCCAGCAUGUACACGAUCAUCAACACGGGAAAUUUAUCCAUCCUCGGGCCGUCGGAGAGCCACGCAAAUUUGCCAGACAGGCCUUCCCUUGCGGAACGCGACUUCCCUAUAGAAGCCGGUGCUUUGGAGUAUUGGUCCAACAGCGGUAUGCCUCGUUUCCCCUUAUUCAGGGGGCAGAAGUUUCCCACCCCCACCCAACAGCCAAGCAGCAGCGUCCAGUGGGCCAGAAACGCGCCCCCCGUUGGCGCCAAAGCCAAAGGACACGGCCUUUACGUCGCUCAACUGUCUUCUGCCGGUCACGACGCUUCCCAAGGGAUAAUGGGUCCGUCUCAUGCGUUUGACCCUGUGAGACCCACCUUCGAGUGUCCAGAUGUUUUGCCCUUCCCUCCGGCUUCUUUAAAGGCCCACGGGGAAGUUCCCGGAGAAGCCCGACUCCGAUGCUUCGAAGAGACGUUCAGCCCAGCGGCCAGACUGUCGGAUGCCCCGAAACAUAGCCUACUCCAGAAGGGCGAGGCCACGCCUCUCUUCCGGCAGCUCUUCAUGAAAUCCAAGGAGUCCUCUCUGAGCCAGGAUCAGCUCCAGGUCCAGAGCCACCUCUUCCAGAGGAUCACCAAAUCUCAGCACAUCGUGUCACACACCAAGGUGUUGGCUCCGUCGAAGGAGGCCGAAGAGGCAGGAGCCAAAGCGGUCCCCCGUGGGUUUCAGCCGCCGGCGGAUUUGGCUCGCCCGGCCGUACCGCUGAUGGAAAACGAGGGGCCUCCUUCGACUCCGUUUCAAGCAGACUUUUCGCCUGAUCUCAAAAAAGACGGGCACCAGCCACCUCUGCCCUCUUUUCAUUCGCCGGCCCUGCCCUCGGUAACCGCAAGCAGCGCGUCCCACGCCAAGCACUCCCGGCCUUCCAAAAGGUGCCUGGAGUGUAAAGAAUUUCCCAGCCCCAAUCAGUAUGAACACACCCCAGGGAACCACACUUACGGGAAGCCCAGGGAAUUGGAAAGUGACUCUCCUCUAGCCGGGAAGAAAGAGAAGGCCAAGGCUUGCGCUAAAGAGUCCGGCAGCAAAGGACAUUCUCGCAGCGGUAGACCCCGCCGGAAGGAGAAGCCCAAGUUUGACAUCACCUCCAUGGCCUCUCCUAGCCAAGUAGCCAUGGCUUCCUUUUCCUUGCCCAGCACCUCGUUCGAGAGCGUGUCCCGAGCGAAGCCCAAGUUGACGAUUUUCAACAGAAUUCAGGGUGGAAAUAUCUACAGCUUUACUAAUGCAGUCAAAGAGGAAUGCUUUUCCCCUGGAUGUAGUAAGUCUGAGGCAGAUCCUGGAGACAGGAGUGAGAAAGGGAACAGCUUUCGCUGUGCAACCUGCAAUCAGCUGUUUUAUACCGAAAGGGGCCUGAGCAGUCACUUGUGUUUCUGUGGUGAGCAGUGGCAGUCUCCGUCAGGGAAGGAAAGACAGCAGGCCUAUGAGGCAGAGAAGUGGCCCUUCCAGGUGGCAGCGGACCGAGCGGUUCCUCCCGAAGCGAAAAGGUUUUCAGAAGAUGGAGCGGUCGCGCCUAUCGUAAUGCCCGUCUCGGUACCCAUAAUGGCUGCCAAUCAACAGCAAGUGAACGAGAAGGAAAGCCAGGAUGAUAAAGAUCUCCAGGAAGGCAUGCCCCCCAAGAAGAAGAAGAAGCGAGCUCACCCCAAAUCCCUGCUCAUCCCACCUCCUUCCCCUGCUGGGAACGAGAUUCAGCCCGGGACCGGAGGAUGCUACCAGAGUAACCUUCGCUCACCUGUCUUCCUCAUGGACCAUUUUCUUCAAGGCUUAAUGCAGUGCUCUCCCUACACGCCACCCCCGAUGCUCAGCCCCAUCCGGGAGGGCUCCGGCCUCUACUUCAACACCCUCUGCUCUACUACUACAAAUCCCACUCCGGUCUCCAUGUACACCUCCGUUUUAGAUGGGAUGGAUGGAGCCCUUUUAUUCUCCCUUGUGAAAGAUACGACCAAAAUUAACAUAGAACCGCACAUUAACAUUGGAAGCCGAUUCCAGGCCAAUAUACCCGAUCUCCAAGACAGAUCAACUCUGGAGGACUACGAGCACCCAGCCUCACUGGUCUGGAAGCCCUGGGGCGACAUCGUCACCAACAAGGAGACCCAGAAGAGAGUGGCAGAUCUGCUCAAGUUGGCCUGCUCCAGCGCGAUGCCAGGCGGAGGGACCAAUUUAGAACUAGCCAUACAUUGUCUGCACGAAGCCCAAGGAAACAUUUUGGAAGCACUGGAGAUGAUGUUACUCCAAGGGCCACAGAAGCCUCCUGCCCAUCCUCUGGCUAACUACCACUACUCAGGUUCACAUCUGUGGACGCCUGCUGAGAAGCAGUUGUUCAAGAAAUCGUUCGCCUUGCACAAAAAGGACUUCUACCUCAUACAAAAGAAGAUACAAACUAAGACCGUUUCUCAGUGUGUCGAAUACUACUACAGCUGGAAAAAAAUACUCAAAUUUGACUGCACCCGAGCGCAGGUGGGAGAAAAGAGACCCAGGACCGAGCAGGAUGAGACGGAAUUGGAUGAAGAAAAGAUGGUUUGCAGCCCCAAGAAGCGGCACUGCCACCUGCCUGAACAGGAGAAUAAGCCGAAAUCGAGGAAUUACAAAAAGGCAGCGCCUGGUGCCUUCAGUCCAGCUGGCGGCCAGAAGGACAGCCUAGAUGCCCCGAGAAGCACAGGCGGCCAGGGGGUCUUCCCUUGUAAGGAGUGUGCCAGGGUGUUUGACAAGAUAAAAAGUCGGAACGCCCACAUGAAGCGCCAUCGACUCCAGGAACAAAUGGAACCAAUGAUAAAAAUUAAGUGGCCCAUAAAGCACUUGAAAAACGAACCCAAGAAGGAAGAGAAAAGCUUGGACAUGAAUUUCCUCCAGUGGUAAAACUGGGAAUGGAGCAGUUUCGGGGUGUCUUGUAGAGUUCUGUUAAUAUUACUAUUUUGAUUUUGGAGGACGAUAAAGUAGACCGAUCAGUGAGAAAUUGCCAUUGUAUUUCGUAUCUUUUUUCUGUGACGGAUAUUGUACAUCUGCUUUUUGAUUCACUCUAUAGUGCCAAAGUGAUCUGUUCUUGUUAUUUUGUAUGCCCUCAGCGUUGGUUAUUAAAUUGGGUUUUGCAACCAAAACACUUGCCACGGCUUUCUGGAUUUAUUCUUUGGUUAGCUAGCUCCGAUCCAAAUGGUCGGAAAUCCAGAGAGAAUGGGGGUCUCUGUUGUUGCGUGUAGAUCAGAAUCCUACCAGGUAGACCAGACCAGGAAACAAAAAGUCUGGAGCAGGUGUGUCAAAUUCAAUUUAUAUUGAGGGAUGCAUCAGGGCUGUGGUUGACCUCGGGGGG